GUCUGCUAAGCAGAUGCUUGGACCUCUUCAGCCGAGGACACAGAUCGGCGGACUGAUCUUCGGCAAGGAGGAUGUGCAGCCCGUGCAGAAGGAGCCCUUGGUGGGCUCCAACUACGUCUUCCCGAAGCCGCUCCCCUGGCUGCAGGCGACGCCGCCGGGCCAGGGCUUCGGAGGCGACGUUACCAUGCCGGUCAGCCCGGCGGAGGUUCAGGUGCAGCAACCUCGGGAUGCCCUGCACGACAACGCCAUGGCGGCACGCAUCUCAGCGUGCGAGAAGCGGCUUGAGGGCUUCGAGUCCCAGGCUGGCUUUUUCCGGAAGCUUGAGGACGAGCUUUCGGCACUUCGCAAGGUGAUCGAUGAGCGUAGCAUCGUGGAGACUCAGAGGUUCCAGCAGCUGGAGGGCAAAGCCCAGCAGUCCCACGUCCACGAGACGCAGCUCCAGGACCAGUUGGUGAACCUUCAGGCCGAGUUCCAGCAGUUUACUACGCAGACACUGAAUCGGCAGCUCGCCGACCACGUAGACAUGGAGGGCCAGGUUUCGACUGCCCUAGCCCGGCAGAUCCACUCCACGGAGGAGUGGCGCUUGGCCAUCAAACACAAGGAUGCGCAGGUUCAAUCUGACCUGGAAAUGCUGAAUGCUUCGCUGGAGGACAUGCGGGAGAAGCUGCUCACUUCUCAGGCGGAGCUUCGCGUGCGGCUGACGGCCCUGGAAGUCCCUACGAAGGCCGACGGCCUCAGCCGCUCAGUGGAUCUCGGUGACGGUUUUACAGCCCAGGAGAUCGACUUCCUGAAGCAGCACCUGAGCAGAUUGCAGCAAGGCUCGGUGCAGAGCGGAGCCGCCCUGUCAGAGAUGCAGGCCCGGUUGGAAGGUGAGAGUGCAACACGCGCUGCAGCGCAGCAGGAGCAGAGUACUCGCUUGGAGGCCCUCAGCCAGGCCCUGGGCUUCUCAAGGGCACUGAUGGCCCAAUCCAUUGCUCA